AUGUUGACGAUGACGUUACCUGGUUCCUUACAUCCUAGCAAUAAAGACGCAUUCUCGUGGAAUGAAAAAGGUUUACUCGUAUAUGGAGCUCAUUGUACCGUUGUAGUAUUUGAUGUACUUCGAAAUAAAAUCAUCCACACUCUCGAGCGGCAUGCUUUAGCUGUUACACAUAUUUGCUGCUCAUCAGAGGAAGAAGUAGGUUUCUCGGCCGAAGUACGAUUGCGAUGUGCAUCUGCUGAUGUUGGCGGUACGGUGGUUGUAUGGGAUAUUGUGGAAGGUGUCGAACUGUCGUCUUUUUCUGUUCCGAAUAGUGCAGUUUUGAGUCUUGCUUGGUUUCCUUGGGAAGACACAAGUCGUGAUUUUCUUUUAGUAUUACAUUCUCCGAAUAAUUUAAUUUUAUGGAAUAUAGUGACUGGGGAUCGAAUUUGGAGUGUUACAUAUUCACAAACUUUUAAUGCUUUUUCAAUUGAUCCAUUCGAUCCACGCAAUAUUACUUUUAGUCUAGUCAAUGUUGGCUCCUUGAUGUUCGUUGAUAAUGUUGUACUUCAUAAAGCUCCAUUAGGAAGAGGUACUUCGCUACUGGUAUUCGGUACUGUAUCAACUGCAAUACCGAUUAUACAAAUCGAAUAUCACAAUGCUUUUCCAAAUAUUCUUUUUGCAGCAACUCAGAAUGAGAUUGCAUGUAUUGAACUGGAAUGUUGUUGUAUUAUUUGGCGAUACUUAUCUCACGCACCGUUACUGCGCCUGAUGACUUGUAGUGAACGUGACAUUAUCGUAACCAUACAUUCCAAUGGUACCAUUGAAUGGCGAGCUUGCAAAAUAGUGGAGGAUGAAAAGAUCAAAACGAUACUGAGUUAUGAGUUGCUGUAUUCGGGUGAAACACAACGGCAAACACAACAUUGUCGAAUAUCCGCCGCAGCAUUAUGCCCUAUUACGCAAACUACUGUUGCUUUACUGUAUAAUUCAGGGAAUAUUUCUAUUUACCAGUUGAGUUUGGAAGAAGAUGAGAUGGUACUGCCUUAUCGAGCAUGCUAUAUUACAGAUAUAAUUAGUGUUGAUGAAGAUUUGUGCUGCUCAGUAAAUGGUCACUUGAAGAUGUCAAACAUAGCACAGAUGUUUUCACUGGGUCAAGGAAUAACGACAGUACGUAUGCAACCAGGACAUGCUGAUGAAAAUAGUAAAAUAAUACAAUUAACUGCUGUGGGAAAUAAUCAGGGAAUUGUACGUUUGGUUGACAUUUCAACAGGAAUAAUCUUCCGAGAGUUACAUAUCCAUACAUGUCCUAUUAAAUGCAUGGAUUGGUGUGGACCACAUAAACUUAUCUCGGCUGCAUAUGUUCAUUCUUUGAGCACUUCAUCACUAGUUAAAAAUGAUAUUUUUAUUACGGAUAUUCGAACAGGUGAAAGUAGGAGAUUGCGACCAGAAGUGGAGGAGACUGCUGUGGAAAUGUUGCGAGUAUCGUUUUACCAUUGCUACGUUGCAAUUGGUUUCCGUAAUGAACCGUUGGAGAUUUGGCAUCUGAAAUCGAUGCGUUUGUUAAGAAGAAUGUCUCGUUCAUGCCCUAUUAUUGUUGACAUGGCUUGGUCUGGAAAGCAUCAUGCGGCAAAACAGAUUUCACAUGGAGAUGAACCUGUCUUCCGAGAGAAUCUUGUCGUUUUAGAUGAGGAAUGCCAUCUAUACCAUGUAGUAGUGAAAGGUUUACAUGUGAGGGAUGGAAAAGAAGUGAAUUCACAGUGGAAAAGUGGCGCAGCAGUAAAAUGUUUGGUGUGGAAAGAUGAUUUAUUGGCAAUGGGUGAUGCUUGGGGACGUUUAGGUGUAUGGGAUCUAGGACGGCGGCAAUGUCAUCAAACACGUAGCACUACAAGAGGACCAAUUCUUAAACUUGUUUUCUCACGAAUUACAGGUGAUCAUACGCUUGCAGUACUACACCAGCAUACCGUUGUUCUGUGGGAUUCCGAACAGCUUGUCGUACUUCAGCAGUGCAAUAGUAUCGGUACUUCAGUUUCAUUCCUAGAUAUCGAUUUGUAUGGUGUAUGUCCGCUAGUAAUUUGUUCGGAUAAUUCGUUCCGUUGUUUAUCGAUCGUUCCUUCAGAAAUUCGACAUCAUUCAGAUCUUCCUCUAUUACUUGAGGUUGAUUCCUCGCAACUUUUAACAACAAUUUUGAACGAUGAUUCGAAAAUUAUGUUCUUGCACGGACUUUUAAGACGAAAUGAAAGGAUUCCAUUUGAUUCUGAUAGCCUUCAUCGGUAUCCUGCAGUACAUCGACUUUUCGGCGAACGAUGGUUGUAUGAUCUAUGGUCAGUGGUAAUAUCUACACUUCAUGGUACAACACUUCCAUCACGACUGCAAAUGUUUUGGAAUCCAUGCCAUUCAAAACGAAGAGUUGAGCAGCUCCUUGCAUGUCUGAUGAGCUUAUCCAAUUUAAAUUCUGUUCAAGUCGACACUUUAGUUCAUCUUGCAGUUGUCUUACAAAAGCGUGAUUGGGCGAUGCAAUUAUUACUUGGUUCACAUGAUGAAUAUCGUACUAGCGCCUUGCGCGCUUGCCUUCUUGCUUCAGAUGUUUCUUCGGAAGGAGCUCAAAGUAUCAUCAAACUUGUUGCAACUAAUCUUAUUGCAAAUGAGUGCAUGACAGAUGGUGUACAAAUGUUAUUUUUAAUUGGACAUGGUGAUGAUGCUUGUCGUUAUCUACAGGCUCAUGGCUUCUGGAGCAAAAGCUUUCAUUUUGCUAAACUUGGUUUUGAUGAUUGGAAAGAUGUUGGCAACAAAUGGGUGGAACAUUUAGCAACAUCAAAAUCGCAAAAGAAUUUGUGCUCAUUAUUAGCCGCAAGUAUUGGUGAUUGGAACCGAUUAUCGACACUCUUAACACAGAAUUCAAAGGUAGCAGUUGCACGGCAUUUGCUUAAAACAGUAGAGGCCCAAUCUAUUUUUGUUGCCUAUCAUCCACCCACAGAAUCAGCAAAUGAAAUUCGACAGGUUACAUCUCCAAUCUUCGAUCCGUAA